GUUCAUGGAGCUGCGCGUUCUGGAGAACAACAAGCGCUCCCGGCGGAACCUGGGGCUGGACUGCGACGAGCACUCGACSGAGUCGCGCUGCUGCCGGUACCCGCUGACCGUGGACUUCGAGGCGUUCGGCUGGGACUGGAUCAUCGCCCCGAAGCGCUACAAGGCCAACUACUGCUCGGGCCAGUGCGAGUACAUGUUCAUGCAGAAGUACCCGCACACGCACCUGGUGCAGCAGGCGAACCCGCGCGGCUCGGCCGGGCCCUGCUGCACGCCCACCAAGAUGUCGCCCAUCAACAUGCUCUACUUCAACGACAAGCAGCAGAUCAUCUACGGCAAGAUCCCCGGCAUGGUGGUGGAUCGCUGCGGCUGCUCCUAGAGCCGCCCUCCUUCCUCUUCCUCGUCCUUCCUCCCGCCGCGGAGCUGCCCCUCGGAGCGACCCCUCCCCUCUCUGCCCGCGCCGCCGCCGCACAGCUCCUCUUCGAAUUUUUU